AUGCCCCCCAAUUCUGCUUCCCACAGUGGAGCCACACAAGCCAGCAUGGCAGACAGAACACGAGAAGGGCUACAGAACAAAAAGCGAUGGGUUAAGAGAUAUCGCACCGAGGUUGCCGCGUCGAUGAGCAGUGUGCUGUCUACGUUUGCUGCUGUAAGUAACUCCCCAUGCUGCUCCGCCGCCAGCGCCGCCGCUCAAUCAUAUCAGUUUCCCCUGGACUCCGUCAAGACUCGAAUGCAGACCUACAAAUACAACAGCUUCAUCGAUUGCGUUAAACACACCUAUAGGACCGAGAAGUUCCGAGGCUUCUUUCGAGGAGUUGCGGCGCCAAUGGCAAGCGUUACCCUGGUUCGAACCAUCUCCUUCUCCGUAUACCAAAGAUCGAAAUACACCUACGCCGCCUGGCUCAAGCAAAACUUUGGAAUGGAUCCUUUGGUUCAUGUCAAUACGCCCGGAACAUACCCGAACCUCGCUACGGUCGCAUGCUUUGGAGCCGCAGGAGCGACAGCCGGUUCUUUCAUCACGCUUGUAGCCUGUCCUUUCGAAUUGACGAAGGUUAGCGCCCAAGUCUCGGUCCUGUUGGCAGAUAAGAAUAAAUCGAAUGGCGCCGAUCCUAAAAGUUCUGGAGCAGUGGCCGCUAGCUACCAAAAUAAAGGCACAUUUCAGACAGCAAAGAACAUUGUGAAGCAUCGAGGACUUGCGGGCCUUUAUUCCGGCUUCAACCUACAUCUGCUGAGGGAUACACUCGGAACCGCGAUCUACUUCAUGACCUACGAGAGCAGCAAGCAGCUUCUCGCCACAUAUUCCGGAGAUCGAUCGCCAACGAACCCUUUUGCCGUCCUAUUUGCUGGAGGCCUUUGUGGUGUUGUCAGCUGGGCGCUGAUUUAUCCGAUCGACUCCGCUAAGAGCAUUUAUCAGCGAAACAGCUUGACUGUCUGCAAGGAAGACACGGUCACGAGGGCCCCAAAGAUCCAAUUCAUGAAUAGGCGUAUGUAUCGCGGCUUGGGAGUCUCGAUGGGACGGUCAUGCGUAGUCAACUCUAUUUUCUUUUCUGUGUUUGAAUUCAUCAAGAAGCACAUCAAUGCUCUUGAGGACUGA